ACAAAUCUUUGCUGUCGCAGCACAAUUCUGCAUUUGGUAGUCAAACGAUCCAAGGAUCACUUUCGUCAACCGACUUUUGUCGCUUCGUAACGACAUUUAGCUCGAUACUAUGGUCGAUGUUACAUCGUACAGUCUUCUCUGCAAUAUAUUUCUUUUAAGAAACGAUAGUUAUUCAAGUUUCAUAAUUCCCGCUCAACCAGUUAUAAUAUUAUUCGGCAUAGGCGUGGAUGUCAUGGCUACUACAUAGUUUCUGUGGCAAAAGAUUGGUGUUCGCAGGUUCGGUUCUACACACAACAUCGCGUUUCAAGUGCUUCCUCUCUAUCAUAAUGAUAUCCCUUAAUCUCUUCGGCUUAUUGCUCAUACUUUUACUUAUCUAUGUUCUUCGUAAAAAUCGAAAGACGUUCCAAAGACUUCCACCGGGACCAUCUGGCAUCCCAAUAGUCGGCUAUCUACCAUGGAUAGAUGCCAAACGUCCUUACCUAACGUUGACAGAAUUGACAAAAAAAUAUGGUCCUAUUUGUGGGCUACAAAUGGGUUCUAUAUACACGGUCUUGUUGUCGGAUCCGCAGCUGGUAAGGCAGGCCUUAGCUAAGGACGUAUUUGCCGGCAGGGCUCCACUCUACUUGACACAUGGAAUAAUGCAAGGAUAUGGUAUCGUUUGUGCCGAGGGUGACCGUUGGAGAGAUCAAAGAAAAUUUGUAGCUGGAUGUCUGAAGAAUUUUGGUAUGGUCAAAUUAUCCGGUACCAAGAGGGACAGAAUGGAGGAAAGGAUUCUCGCGGCCGUGAAUGAGAGCAUAUCGAGAUUGAAAAGGCUUCCUAUGGAAGGCGGUAUUGAUCCGCUUGAGACGCUUCAUCACUGUCUGGGUAAUUUAAUGAACGACCUCGUGUUCGGAAAAGUUUAUGAGAAUCAUGACGAAGUGUGGAAAUACCUGAGAUAUCUGCAAGAGGAAGGAGUCAAGCACAUUGGAGUCGCAGGGCCACUCAACUUUCUGCCGUUCCUCAGAUUUUUACCGCGAUAUAAAAAAAUAAUGACGUUACUUAUCGGUGGAAAGAUAAAGACGCAUCAAAUAUAUCAAAAGAUUAUCGACGAUUAUCGUGCUCGACCUGAAAAAACGGAUAACUUUCUCGCAGCUUUCAACGAAGCAAUGAGUAAAGCGGAUAAUGAGUAUUACACGCAGCAACAAUAUUAUCAUUUGUUAGCUGAUCUUUAUGGAGCAGGUGUUGAUACCACACUCGCAACUUUUCGUUGGAUCCUGCUCUUCAUGGCAUUGUAUCCUGACGAGCAAAAAAAGAUUCAGAAUGAAAUGAACGAGCUAUUGGGACAAAAACAACCUAUUUUGGAGGAUAGACCUCUUCUAAUCCGAUUGGAAGCGGCUAUUUUGGAGUCACAAAGAUUGCGGAGCAUUACACCGGUUGGCAUCCCUCACGGAGCAAUAGAGGAUACACAAUUAAAUGGUUACGACAUACCGAAAGGCACCAUGAUAAUUCCGUUACAAUGGGCUAUUCACACGAAUCCCAUGUACUGGGACGAUCCGCUCUCAUACAAACCUGAGAGAUUUAUUACUGAAGAUGGAAGCAUCGUCAAACCGAAAGCUUUUUUGCCAUAUCAGAUGGGUAAACGUAUGUGUGUUGGUGACGAACUGGCCAAGAUGAUAUUAUUUCUCUUUACCGCAAGAUUUCUUCACUCAUUUAUUAUUUCCGUACCACUUGAUACGCAACUCGAUAUGGAAGGUAUAUGCGGACUUACUCUGGUUCCUAAAUCACACCGUUUGAUUUUUACAUCGCGGGAAUAAGUUUACAUACGUAUCGGCGAUAUUUUUUAUACGCAUGAUAUCAUUAUAAUAGAAUCAAGCAUGCCUGAAUUUCAUGGAAUAUAUGCUCUAUUAUAUGGA